AUGACUAGUCAGAGUAUAUAUACUACCUUCUUUAAUUUUAGUGUUUUUCUUUUUCUUUCACUGCUUUCUCAGUUUGUUUCUCUUGAAACCAGUAGAUUCAAUUCCAAUGAUGGUAAUUUAACCACUCGGUGCAUUGAAUUUGAGAGGAAAGCCCUUCUUCAAUUCAAAGAAGGACUCACAGAUCCUUCUGGUCGGCUUUCUUCUUGGGUUGGCAAAGAUUGCUGUCGAUGGAAGGGUGUGAGCUGCAACAAACACACUGGCAACGUUUUCAAGAUUGACCUCAGAAACCAAGGAGGAGAUUCUUGCAGUUUGUAUGAAGGACUUGCAGACAAUUAUAAUUCCUCAUCGUGUUUGGGAGGUGAGAUAAGUCCUUCUUUGCUCAACAUAAAGUAUUUAAGUUACUUGAAUCUAAGCAUGAAUGAUUUCUAUGGAAUCGCAAUCCCAAAUUUCAUCAGUUCACUUGAGAAAUUGAGUUAUCUCAGUCUUUCUCAAUCAAAUUUCGGUGGAAUGGUUCCACCUCAUCUUGGAAAUCUGUCAAACUUCCAAUAUAUCGACCUCUCUGCAUUUGUUUUUUACUACAAUAUUUGGGCAUCGGAUUUAUACUGGCUUGUUGGCCUAUCUUCUUUGAAGUAUCUUAAUCUUGGUGGUGUGAACCUGAGUGAAGCAACAGAUUGGUUGCAAUCAAUUAAUACGAUGCCGUCUUUGUCUGAGUUACACUUGCUUGAUUGUCAACUCCCCAACUUUCCAAAAGCUAUACAGAAUAUAAAUUUCACUUCCCUCUUGGGCCUCGAUCUCUCUUUUAACGAUUUAAACAAUUUUACGGGUUCCAUUGUCAAUGCUGCUUUGGGAAACUAUCAUAACUUGCAAUCACUAGAUUUAUCUUCUAACUCUAUUACUGGUGACAUAAGUGAACUUAUAGAGGGAUUGUCUGGGUGUUAUAACAGAAGCUUGAAGGAGUCGAUAUUGGAAUCCAACAAAUUUAAUGGGAAGUUGCCCGAUUCGUUGGGACACUUGAAUUAUUUGAGAUCCCUUGUACUGAAUGAUAAUCUGAUCUCAGGUCCAAUUCCAGAAUCUGUUGGAAGGUUGUUUUUUGUAAAGGAAUUGGACCUUUCUUUUAAUGAGAUGAAUGGGUCUAUCCCUACAAGUUUAGGAAGACUCACAGAGUUGACUAAAUUGCAACUCUUCCAUAAUUCUUGGAAAGGCCUCAUGUCCCAAAACCAUUUACGUGGUCUUGCAAAACUACGAGUUUUCUCCAUAUCUUCAAACACAACUUGCAUUUUUAAUGUGACACACGAAUGGAUUGACAUGCUUGACUUAUGUGACAACCAAAUUGGUGGUGUUGUUCCCAACUCAUUAGGAAUUUCCUUGGUGGACUUGAGUUUCAAUCGCCUGGAAGGCACAAUCCCACUCUGGCCUAAUGCAACGUUUCUCUUUCUGAACUGCAAUUUAUUUUCAGGAGCGAUUCCUUUGACUAUUGGCAGUAUCAUGUCAUCAUUAAUCACGCUUAAUCUUUCUGGGAACUCUCUAAGUGGUACCAUUCCUUUGUCCAUAUGUAAAUUGAAAGCUUUGACUGGCCUCUAUCUUUCAGACAAUCAUCUAUCCGGAAAAAUUGCCAUCCAUUUGGGGGACUUGCGAGCUCUUGGGAGCGUAGUUCUGUCCCAAAACAAUCUCUGGCCAUGUUCCUGA